UGAACGCAUGCGCAGUGAUGCCAAAAAUGGCUGCCAGUGUCUGGUCAGAAAAAAUAGUACAACUCCUCCACCGAAUGAACAACUUUUAUUUACCAGGUUCGGGUCGGAGCAGCUGCUUCCGGUUUGAGAUAAACGGAGCUCAGGUAGGCUGGAUUCCGCCUCACGUAGCCUCGCUGUUAAAGCGACACCCGCAGGUGUUCUGUCCGCCGCAGGGGGGCGCUGUUCGUCUCUGUCCCAGUCUGGACUCUUAUGAGACCAGAUCACAGGCUGUGGAUGUUGUUCUGCAAAACCUGAGACGGGAAGAGUCCAUCCCCUGCCUCAGAGGGUGGAGGGACGAGAGGUACAGCGUGAUGCCCCGACUCUCCGACGCUCCUCUGAUGUGGAUGGAGCGAGCAGCAACAAGUCUGUUUGGUGUCAAAAGAUACGGCGUUCAUGUCAACGGGUUCACAGUGAGUGACAGCGGAGAGGUUAGCAUGUGGCUAGCACGACGGUCCAGGACGAAGCAGACGUACCCCGGACUCCUGGACAACCUGGCGGCGGGCGGUCUGGCUGCUGGCGUCGGCAUCAAAACCACUCUGAUCAAAGAAUGUCAGGAGGAAGCCUGCAUCCCGGCUCACAUCGCCACCCAGGCUCGGCCGGUAUCGACCGUGAGCUACACCUACGAGGACCAGGAGGGGGUGUUCCCCGAGAGCCAGUUCGUCUUUGAUCUGGAACUUCCUGUCGGGUUCAAACCCAGCAUCGGCGACGGAGAGGUCCAAGAGUUCUACCUGCUGCCCAUAGACAAGGUGAAGGAACUUCUGGCCGGUGACGACUUCAAACCCAACUCUGCCAUGGUGGUCUUAGACUUCCUCAUCAGACACUCCAUCAUCGAGCCAGAUACUGAGCCGUUCUAUCAGGACUUCCUGGCAGGACUCCAUCAAACUUUAUAGUCAACAGAAACUUUGUGGUUCACGCUGAUCCCUGAUGGGGGACGGACCGAGUCCUGGAGGAUCACAWGAUGAAGACGAGCCGGGUGUCGGGUUCAGGAGGAAGAAUCUUUUGCUCUAAAACAGGACAGAGACUCUAAAGCUACGUUUAUGACCUGCAGGCGAUCACCUGCCUGUAUCUGUGCUCAUGUUUGUCUGUUAGCAAAAUAUCUCACAGACUACUGGACGGAUUAAUGAAGCGUUCAUAAAGUCAUCGCUGGAUGUUCGGCUACAACUGACCAAAGUUUGGAGUCAACCUGAUUCAAGAUGGCCGCCACAGCUAACUGAUACAGUAUUAGCCAACAUAAAAAUGGCUACAGCUCAGUCAUACUUUCAGACGCUAAGCUAAAAUUUAGCAGGUAGUAGCCGAAGGUCAUCUCCAACACAUUUGUGAGCGAUCUCAGAAAACAGAAAGAUGAUUUUAGUCUAAAACUCUGGAACAAAAGGCGGCGGGUGAUAUGCUAAAAUUGUUUGUGUUAAACUUCAGCUGAAAGAAAUUAAUUAAAAAAAAUUAAAAACAA